CAGAAACCGCAUCGAGAGGACAGCUUCGAUACGAUGGCGCGGCUCUAUUCGACGGCUCACGGCUGCUGCCAUUUAUAAUCUCUCCUGCUUCACUCACGGGUGCAGCACGGGAUGGGUGUCCGGGGUGCUUGGCACCGAGGCGUUAACGGGAGGUGCCUGGUUAGCAGCACUACCCUGCCUCGUGGCUCUGCCCGCUGCGCCGUUCUUCGCCGUGCUAGCAGACACUAGAGGGCGCAAGGCCGGCGCGUUUUGUAUCUGCAUCAGUUUCAUUAUCAGCUGGUCUCUGGCAGCAUGGUGUGGCCCCAGGGGCGUGUGGGCGGCGCGAGUGGCCGCUGGUGCGGGAGGAGCGGGUGCUUUAGCCCUAGCACCCCUGUACUGUGCAGAGAUAGCUCCAAGGACAAGAGGGUUGGCAGCAAUGCCGGCAUUAGCUUGCAGUUGCGGGAUCCUAUUUGCGUACGCAGCGGGUGGUGUGCUGUCCGCUCACGCGCUCUCCUUGUCAAUGGCGGUGCCACCGACGGUGCUGCUGGUGUCCUUACUGUGGCUUCCAGAGACCCCGUCGUUCCUUAUCAGCGUUGGAAGGAUACAGGAUGCAGCAAAGGUUAUAUGCUGGUUUGAUGGCUCCGACUUCAGGGAAGACUUGACUGACGUCAUCGAGCAGCAAGAAGUCAGGAUCAGGACUUCAGACUGCUACGGAGGGCGGAGAGAGGCGAUGCGGCGCCAAGACUCGGAUACCUUCCAGCCAAUGCUGAAGAGGAGCAGCGGAUUAGAUUCCAACUCGGACAAGAAAACUGAACAAUCAGCAUGCAGAGAAUUGUUUCGACACAAGAAGUCCCGACGGGCUCUGUUCUCUUGCUGCGUACUGCUGUGCACCGCAGCGGGCAGCGGCGCCGGCGCGGUCAACAGCUUCGCGGCCGCGGUGCUGCGUCAUUCCGCACACGCAGUGCCCCAUCUCAACCUGACCGUGUACAACUACACUAUAUACAAUGGGACUGUUCAUCACGCACUCUUUGAAACUUCAGUAGCCGGUUCAAUGCUUUGUGGAACUGCAUUAGUCUUAGGAGCAGCUGUGGCGACUAUCACAGUAGAUAAACUCGGAAGGAAGAUGUUACUACUGUGGUCUUGCUCAGGCAUCGCUUGUUGCCUCGCUAUACUAGGAGUAUACUGUGACCCUCGUCUCCGCAUGUACUCCUGGUACUCACACCGCUUGUGGCCUUAUAGGAGAAGCCAAGAUAUGAGAGGAAGAUACUUGGACCUACCUCAGAACAUGACUGACAAUCUUACCGUUAACGUCAACAGUAGUUUCAUAAAGAAUUAUGUGAAUGAGAGUAGACUGUUGCAGAAAGAUGAGGAACAUGUGAAUUUGACUAAAGUUCAAGUUACGUUGGUGGAGAGUAGCGGCCCAAACGAAGAUAGUACGGAUGGAACGUUGUGGACCCCAAUUAUGCUGCUUUCUGUGGUGUUGUUCCUGUAUAAUAUAGGUUUGGGAUCCGUGCCUUAUGUGUUGAUAUCGGAGAUGUUUUCGAUGAACGUCCGGGGCCUUGCGUCGAGUUUCUUCAUCUCCUGGAUGUGGCUCAGCAACUUCUUCUUACUACGCUACUACGGCACCAUCGCCGUUUCUCUUGGCCUCCAUGGCACCUACUACAUCAGCGCUUGUGUCACUCUUCUCGGCUCAUUGUAUAUUCUACUUAUAAUACCAGAGACAAAAGGUAAGAGUCAAGAACAGAUAGACGAAGCUUUAGAAGGCCCACUACUAGUUCUGAAGAGGCGAAAGAGCAGGCGAUGACAAUUCUCUAAGGUCCUGAAUGUUCCUAGAACUUCAACAAGUGUACAUACAUACUAACCCUAUGUGGAAAUUGGAGAUGUAUAUGCAUGCUCUAAUAAAUAAUCAAUUACUCGUUAUAAUAUAGGACGAAAUAUAUUAUAUUUUAUAUCUUAGUUGAAGUAUUCUCAAAUGUAACCUUGAUUUUAGAUUGUUUAAACUUCAUGUAUAUGUUUUUUAUAUUCAAUAAUAAGAUUUUAUCUUAUACUAACGUUUAGUUAUUAACAAAAUGCGGCAGUUAUUUUAAUUUUCCUAGUGAACAAAACGUGUAAGUAGGUACUCGUUUUAACUUAAUUUAGCUUGUUACAGUUUUAGCUCUGCUUCUAUGUUACAGAGACAUUAUGGACCCAUAAUGGAAAAGAUAUAUACUUUAAAAAUUAUUGAGUGCUUCUUAGCUAACUAUAUGGUUUUAAGACCUAAUACCUAUGUUUUUCUACAAAUUCUUGCAAUCACCACUGCCAAAUGUGUUAUUUCUAAAUGUUGAAUUCUUGUAUGUAUAUUGUAUGUAAUAUGCAUUUAUGUGAUUGUCCAAAAAUUCCCUAGGGAAUAGAUUAAAAUAUAGAUUACAGUAAUCAAAACACCAACUUAAACUUAGGUUAGAAUUCGACUUCUAUUAUUCGACUACACGCAUUUCG